AUGUCAUUUCAAUCUUCAUAUCCUAUUAAUCAAAAUAAUCUUGAUUCAUUAAUUAAUUUAUCUAAAACAUUAAGUGAUUAUCGUCAUCUUGAACAACAAGAUGAAACAACAAGAAUUGAAAAUAAUAUUGAAGAAGAUGAAAGUCAAGGAGGAGGAGGAGGAGUAGACGAAGAAGAUACAACAUCGUCUAGUACAUGGCGUACAAGACGAAAAAAGAAAAAACUUGAUCCAUCAAUAACAAAUAGUUUAAAAUCUUAUCCAGCUUGUAUUGAAUAUUUAUAUAAAGAAUUUAGUCAAUCACGUCCACAUGCAUCUCAUGAUACAGCUUUUCUAAAAAAUAUUCGUGAAUGUAAUCAAGCAAUAUCAAAUAUCGAUAAUGAUAGACUUAUUUUAAAUUUACAAAUAUUUUUUCCUAUUGAAUCACGUGAUCGUUAUCGUCAUCAAUUAAUGAAUGAACUUAUAUGUUUAUCCACAUUAACAUUAGCACAAAUUCGUGAUGCUAUUGAAUGUGUUAGUGAUGAACAAAUACUCGGUGAAUAUUCACAAAAUCCUGAUGAUAUAAAUACAAAUGGACAACGUGCUGGUGAUGCAAAUACGGCAGCUUGUUUUAUAAUUGAAUCAAUUGUAUAUGAUGAUUUACGACGAACAGAUGUACGUUUAAGUGAACGAAUUAUUGAACAAACAAAUACGAAUUAUACACAAGGUAAUUCAAUGGAAUUAACAAGUUUAAAUGAUCUGAAAAUGAUUCAACUUGGAAAACCAUAUAUUUAUUUACAUCAAACAAAUUGUGAACAUGUUAUUGUAUUUAGUGAAUUGAAAUUACUUGAACAAGAUCAAUGUCAUGAUUCAAAUCUUUAUCCAUUGUGUCGAAUGAAAUAUCAUGGAAGAUUUUCAUACUGUUUUCUUUGUAAUGUUUUUUAUGCGAAAUGGCUUAUACGAAAUUCACCAUUGAUACCUGAUGAUCCAUGUCUAUUAUGUGAACGAUGUUUUAAAGCAUGUCAUUAUGAUAAAGAUGGAAAUAAAGUUGGCGAUUUUUCUGCCUAUCAUUUUCCACAGUUGUAA